AUGCGAAAGCAGCAUGAUCAACGAAGAUUUGCCCCUUUACAUAACUGUUUCUGUUGCUGUUCAUCUCUUGCAUAUGCAUGUGAAAUUCAUGUAACAGUAACGGUUGAGAGUGUACUAGUAACGUUUGAGAACGCCAUAUUCUGCGCCUACAACUCCAGGCGGCAAGCAGCCCGCGCCAAUGGUGAAGUAAGUGCUUGUAGUAAGCAUCAAGUGACGCGAGUUAACCACUGGUGUACUGCUACUGUUUAUUUUCGACUUAUCUGA